GCAUGGGAGACUGGUCAAUUCUGGGACGCUUCCUAGUGGAGGUUCAGAACCACUCCACAGUGAUCGGGAAGAUCUGGCUGACAGUGUUGCUGAUCUUCCGAAUCCUGCUGGUGACUCAGAUAGGAGAUGCAGUGUACAGUGACGAGCAGUCCAAGUUCAUCUGCAACACACUCCAGCCGGGCUGCAACAACGUCUGCUACGACACGUUUGCGCCAGUCUCACAUCUGCGCUUCUGGGUCUUCCAGAUUGUCCUGGUCUCUACACCAUCCAUCUUCUAUAUCAUCUAUGCUCUCCACAAAAUCACCACAGAUGAGAAGGCUCAGACAGAGCGACCCCAGCUCCACCACCCACAUGUUGAGUAUGUCAGGCAGUCGGGUGGAGAAGGUGACGUUUAUUUGGGAGGUAAGCCAUCAAAUGGGUUACAAGAUGAGGAAAGUCCCAGUGAGGAGGAGUGUAUGGAGAAGAGCCUCCUGCAGGAUGACUACAGAGAGGUUGGCAAGGACCCUACGGAAUAUUCGGGCCCGAUUUUAUUGAUAUACAUUGUCCAUGUGGUUCUUCGAUCCAUUCUAGAGAUCAUGUUCCUGGUGGGUCAAUACUAUAUGUUCGGAUUUAAGGUGCCAUUUCUGUUUCGCUGCAAGGCCUACCCAUGCCCAACUCGAACUGACUGCUUUGUGUCACGUGCUACUGAGAAGACCAUAUUCCUAAACUUCAUGUUCAGCACUAGUCUCGGCUGCUUUCUUCUCAACAUCGCUGAGCUUCACUAUCUAGGCUGGGUCUACAUCUUCCGCAUAUUAUAUACAGCGUGUUUACGGUGUUGUGAAUCUAAAAGGAAACUACAUGUUUCCCACAGUCCUUUGCAGCUUAGGCUCAGUCAUUCAAUGCGAGGCAGGCUGAUCCUGCAGUCCUCCUCUUCAGCCACUCUGUCCCAGGAGAAGACAGCCACUGCCUUGCUCUCACAUGGACCAUCCAUUUCUUUUGAGACAGACUCAACACUAGAGUGCACCUCGAGGACAAACCCAGAAGAAAAAAAGUGCACAGGAAUAAAAUCAGCCAACAUAGCUAAGUUGAGCAGCAAGAAGUCUUGGUUAUGAGUGACCGUUACUGCCUUUAAUUAUUGUUCAAGCACCAGCAAAAUGCUUGACAUAAUACAUUAUACCCUUUGAUUUGCUUACACUAAUUGUACAGAGUAAUAUAACAGUUUAAAAUGUAAGGAAUAAAAAUCAUUGGAAUAUGCUAUUCACAAAGGAAAAUACUUAGUGGCAGCAUGGUGUGAUACAUUAGCACCCUGAAGUUGAUUAUUUUCAUGUAACAGCAUACUCUGAAAUGUUUUAUUCCUCUUAAACAUCAGCAAUUUGUGAAUGGUUAGAUUUUUAAAAACGAAUUUAAGGACAGCAUGUUGUAUUUACUAUCAGUUUAUAUGGUCGCGUUUAAUGUUGUCGAACAUCCAAGAAACAAGUUACUUCCUGUUAUCAGUCACAUUAUAGCGACUAUAAACAGUCGUUCCCUCACUGGUGUUUAAUUUGACUUAUUUUAAGAAAGCGGAAUGCACAAACUCAUCUAUCCUGACACUGGAAACUCCUUCCAUGAACCACAAAUUAAUGUUUCCUUAAAGAAAGCUUCACAAUAUCAACUGUUAUACUUUUGUUUGUUUGUUUGUUUAGUAACAGCACAUUUUUAGUCACUUUAAUAUUAGAUUAUGUGGUGUCUGUCAUACAAGUCCCUGUGGAUUAGCUGUUACUAUAGAAACAAUAAGGAUAACAUUAAUAUAAACCCAUUAUUAGAAUUACAGUCAGAACUACUGAUAGAGCUGCUGUGAUAGAAAAUUAAUCAACACCUUCUGACCAAUCAGAUUCAUUGUAAUAUACAAAGAUUAUCUGAUUACGCAGUUACUCUUCAUUGUAAUUUUUAAAAAAGUUAUAUUUACCAGUUAAUAGUGUUUAAUGAAAGAUGUGUGGAGAAUAUUAUGGCUUGUUUUUGUGGCUAAUAAUCUUUGUAUUGAAUGAUUUUACCUUUUCUUUGGUGUAUACUCUUAUGCACAUGGUAGUUCAUGCUUCGUCCGAGGGAGGGCGCUUCUAUUUGUAACUGCUUAUAUUUUCAUCACAACCUACUAGCCAUAUUCAUUAAUUAAUUUUAUGAAGCCAGACAGAACUGUGAAGUAAAUAAUGCUUUACCAGCACACUGAAACCUUGCAUACAAAU